AGUCGAUGCCGAAUCGCUGUGGGAGAUAGUUCUGUGCGAUUUGUCGCCGGUUCGCCAGAAAAUUGUGGUUUUGGCUAUCAGUGUUUUGAAUAAGCUGAAAAGUGUCUAAUAUUUGAGCUAUUACCAAAAUUAAGAGAUAAAUUUAGUGGCAGUGAGAGGUUAAAAGUUUAUCUCUGUGAAAUAUUUGGUGAAAAAAAAGUGUUUUAGCACAAAUUUGAGCACAUUUUUGGAGUUUUAAGUGGGAAAUUCUGCAUUUUUUCGUGUGCUGGAAAAAUUGCCGGCAAGAGGCUGAGGAAAAGUGUAAAGUGCAUUUUGGGGUGUUUAGUGUGUGUGUCGCCAAAAAUAGAUUAUUAGAGCCAUUUAGAAUCCAAUAAAACACCGUAGAAGCAUUUCCCGUGCACAUCGUAUGCAUCUGGAGUUUUUUUUGGCUUUAUUUCUGGAUAAACAUUCUCUGCCUUUCUGGGAUGCUUUUUCCAUGUGUUUCAUCUGUCCUCCAGAACAUGGAAAAUGCUGCAAUUGAGCGUCAAUUGCAGCACAAAGUAUGGUGAUGUGACUGAGACGACAAUGGUGUCAUAGUGUGGCGCUAUUUUUUUUUUGCUCUGUCCCAGCACCAGAAGAGAUCUCAUAUCUCAGUGGCUUCAUUAACCGGAUGCCUGUUUGGACUAAUGACUUCAAAUGUGUACUUAGGCUACCGACAAUUUGUGCAUAGUGAGUGAUUUUCAAUUGCUUUUAGGGAGAAGAGUGAGGGAAAGAAGAAAAUCGUGUAGGAAAAAAGAAGGUGAAAGGUAAUAUACAAGAAUCGCGGGAGAGAUUUGGGUGAGAGAUCCGAAGAAGAUAGGGUGUGUGUUACAAGUUGAAUUGUUGUAUUCUUGUGACAUAAACAGAACCACGUAAAAGGCAAAUUGCCGACAAAGACUGUCUAAUUGGACGUACACGAAUACUAUUUCAAGCCUAUUGACUUAUCGGGAAGAUCGAAAAAUUCGAGUUCCAACAUUAGCUCGGGCAUAAUGUUGGUUCUCAGCGGUGGUAGGAAGAUGAGAAAGAAGAAAGGACCGAUGUGGUCGGGCUUUAUGCUAAUGGUUGUCCUAGCCACAGCAUUGGCUUCUGAGGAUGCACCUCUGGCACCAAUGAUGGACUUUGCAGUGACCAAAAAUGCCCUGUCCCUUGUCCUUCCACACGACACAUAUCCCGGGUAUACAAUAAAACAACUAGAACCAUCGAAUGUGACGUCACUGCAUCAGCCUGAAUAUGGUCAGACUCUAAACUUCCGACUCCUCGACACUACCUACUCCAAGUACUUCACAGUGCUAGAGAAUGGGGUUGUGAUGACAACUGGAGACUUAUCGCCCCUUGUCAAUCAACCAGUUCAUCUUACAGUCCUCGAGGAGACUCCCAAUUCAACAGCAACCCAUCAUUUGGAACUCUUCGUGAUGGAUCGGAAGGAUAUGCUAAGGUUCCCAGGGGCAACCCUCGAUACAGUAGGAGAAGUCAUGGAGAACCAACCUCCAGGCACUCCUGUACGAGGAAUACCCCAUCUUCAAGCAAAUUCAGCAAGUGGUAGCAAGUCCAUCAGCUACCGCAUCAUCUCAGGCAAUGAAGACAAGGCCUUUGCCCUUAAGGACCUGACAACAGAAAAGGUUGCUGAUGUUAUAUCGAUCUCAGAAGGAGAGAAAACCGAUGGGGUGAUCCUUGUAACAACAAAAUCCCUCGACAGAGAAGAAAAGAAAGACUACACCCUGACCAUCGAAGCCGCAGAUGCAGAAGGCAUAAACAAAGCCAUAGCUAAGAUUGCAGUGACCGUUCUAGAUGUCAAUGACAACAGACCGGUCUUCUCUCGACCGGAAUACAAGUUCUCAAUGGCCGGGGUGAAGAGUACCGAUCUCCAUGGAAACUCAACAGUCUCCUGGCCACGGUUCAGUCGACUGGGGCAUGUUGAAGCCAAAGAUGAGGAUGGAGACAAAGUGGCCUACAAACUCCUAACCCCCAGCAACUACGUUAUCAUAGUUCCUCAAACCGGUGAACUUCUCCUCGCAAACGAACCUGACAUGCAGGAAAUCCUCGUGGAAGUCGAAGCCCAUGAUCUUCGUUCCCCGAGCCUUUCCAGUGCCAAACCCGCCAGGAUUCUCAUUGAAUUCGUCGCACCCGAACCCAUUCCCAUGAUUGUCCAGCAUCUCAAUCACGACGCCAUCAAUCAACAUUCCCAUCGUCGCGAUAAACGUCGGGUCACGCGUGCUGUGCGUCCAACCAAAAGAAUCGAAUUCACAGAAACCGAUGGAGAUGUUGAUGGCAAAAUUGUGUUUACGCUGGAAAAGGAAACCGACCGGGAGACAUUUAAGAUUCGGGAUGAGAACGUUUGGGUGGGCGUUGAGGCCAAUGGGGCAGUGCGAGUGAGGAAGAAGUGGGACUACGAGGAGCUGGGACCUGAGAAAACCAUCGAUUUCUGGGUGAUCAUCACGAAUUCCGGACACAACGCUGGUCUCAAAUACACUGACAAUCAGCGAGUUAUAAUUCACGUCAAAGAUGUAAAUGAUGAACCACCGUAUUUUAUAAAUCGUCCACUGCCGAUGCAGGCCGUUGUCCAGCUCAAUGCACCGCCAAACACUCCCGUGUUUACUCUGCAGGCCAGGGAUCCCGACACUGACCACAACAUUCACUAUUUCAUCGUGCGAGAUAGAACUGGAGGAAGAUUUGAGGUGGACGAGCGGUCGGGCGUGGUGAGAACUCGUGGAACAGACCUGUUCCAGCUAGACAUGGAGUACGUGCUGUACGUGAAGGCGGAAGAUCAGAAUGGAAAGGUGGAUGAGAGACGCUUCCAGAGUACUCCUGAAGAGAGAUUGUCAAUUGUGGGUGGCAAGAGAGCGCCUCAAUUCUACAUGCCGAGCUACGAAGCGGAAAUACCGGAGAAUCAGAAGAAGGAUUCAGACAUCAUCUCGGUGAAAGCAAAAUCCUUUGCGGACAGGGAAAUCCGAUAUACACUUAAGGCUCAGGGUCAGGGAGCUGGAACAUUCAACAUUGGACCAACAUCGGGCAUUGUAAAGCUGGCCAAGGAGUUAGAUUUUGAGGAUUUGCGCCAACCACACGUGUACUCACUCGUUGUGACAGCCACCGAAGAUUCUGGUGGAUUUUCCACGUCAGUUGAGCUCACAAUCCGGGUCACCGAUGUCAACGACAAUGCACCCAAGUUUGAACUUCCGGAUUAUCAAGCUCACAAUGUCGAUGAGGACAUUCCCCUUGGCACAAGUAUUCUCAAAGUUAAGGCAAUGGAUGCUGACUCUGGAGCAAAUGCUGAGAUUGAGUAUCUUGUGUCAGAUGACCAUUUUGCCGUCGAUUCCAAUGGAAUCAUCGUCAACAAUAAACAACUCGAUGCUGACAACAACAACGCCUACUACGAAUUUGUCGUGACAGCCAAGGACAAGGGAGAACCGUCGAAAACAGGAACGGCUACAGUCCGAGUCUACACAAAGAACAAGAACGACGAGGAACCCAAAUUCUCCCAGCAAGUCUACACGCCAAACGUAGACGAAAACGCCGGACCCAAUACCCUCGUAACCACCGUUGUAGCCUCAGACAAAGACGGCGACAACGUCAGGUUUGGUUUCGUUGGCGGUGGAACAACCAGUGGACAAUUCGUAAUUGAAGAGAUUACCGGAGUCAUCCGGUUGCACAGCAAAAUGAUCACCCUCGACCGAGACAAGUACGAACUCAACGUAACCGCUAUGGAUGAUGGAUCAUGCUGCGUGAACGGUGACGCAACUAUUCACACAUCAACCGCCGUUGUUGUUGUCUUCAUCACCGACGUCAACGACAACAAACCCGUCUUCAAGGACUGCGGCACGUACUACCCGAAAGUCGAAGAAGGAGCCCCAAAUGGUAGCCCUGUAAUCAAGGUCCAGGCUACCGACGAAGACAAAGGUGUCAAUGGUCAAGUUAAGUACUCAAUCGUCCAGCAACCCAAUCAGAAAGGCACCAAGUUCACCGUUGACGAGGAAACUGGUGAAGUGUCCACUAACAAGGUCUUUGAUCGAGAAGGGGAUGACGGGAAGUUUGUGUCGGUCACAGUCAAGGCAACUGAUCAAGGAGAACCAAGUCUCGAGGGUGUUUGUUCCUUCACUGUGGAAAUAACAGACGUCAACGACAACCCGCCGCUCUUCGACAGACAGAAAUAUGUGGAGAAUGUCAAACAAGAUGCGAGCAUUGGAACCAAUAUUUUGAGAGUAUCCGCAUCUGAUGAGGAUGCUGACAACAAUGGUGCCAUCAUCUACAGCCUCAGUGCUCCCUACAAUACGCAAGAUUUGGAGUAUUUUGAAAUACAACCAGAAUCAGGAUGGAUAGUCCUCAAGAAGCCACUCGACCGAGAUAGAUACCGACUGAGGGUUCGUGCCUCUGAUAAAGGGGAACCACCUUCGUACGCUGAUGUCGACGUUGAAUUAGAUGUGGUCGACAGAAAUAAUAAACCGCCAAUUUGGGAUAAGAGUAUUUACGGCCCCAUUCACAUUAAAGAAAAUGUCACUGUUGGUACGGUUGUUACAUCAGUUAAAGCAAGUUCGGGCAUUGAAGGAAAUCCGACGGUGUUCUAUCGACUUAUGCCAGGUUCAACGGCACAAACCAACAAAUUUCACACCUUCUACCUACAACAGAGACCAGACAAUGGGGAUACGUGGGCAGAUAUAAAAGUCAAUCAUCCAUUGGACUACGAGAGUAUAAAGGAAUACAAUCUCACUAUACGAGUUGAGAACAAUGGAGCGCAACAGCUUGCAUCCGAAGCCACUGUUUAUAUAAUGUUGGAAGAUGUUAACGAUGAAAUCCCAUUGUUCACGGAACGAGAACAGGAAACAGUACUCGAGGGUGAACCAAUCGGAACUAAAGUGACUCAAGUGAAUGCCAUUGACAAGGAUGGAACUUUUCCAAAUAAUCAGGUUUACUACUACAUUGUGGACUCACCCCGGAAUGAGGGGAAAGAGUUCUUCGAGAUAAAUCUCCAAAGUGGUGAAAUUUUCACAAAAGUUGUGUUUGAUCGAGAGAAGCAGGGAGCUUAUGCGCUGGAAGUGGAGGCAAGGGAUGGUGCACCCUCAGCUCGGCCCAACAGCAAUGGACAGCCAAAUUCAGUGACAAAGUUUAUUCGGAUUGGAAUUGCUGAUAAGAACGACAACCCACCAUACUUCGAUAAAGCCCUCUACGAGGCAGAAGUGGAUGAAAAUGAAGACAUUCAGCAUACCGUCCUCACUGUUACCGCCAAAGAUCACGAUGAAUCAUCGCGUAUUCGAUACGAGAUCACAAGCGGUAACAUAGGAGGAGCUUUUGCUGUUAAGAACAUGACGGGUGCCAUUUACGUGGCUGGUGCUCUCGACUAUGAAACACGGAAACGGUAUGAACUACGUUUAGCGGCUUCGGACAAUUUGAAAGAAAACUACACGACAGUUGUGAUCCAUGUCAAGGAUGUCAAUGAUAAUCCACCCGUUUUCGAGCGUCCCACUUACAGGACCCAAAUCACCGAAGAGGAUGACCGCAAUUUACCAAAACGCGUCCUACAGGUGACAGCCACAGAUGGUGACAAGGAUCGUCCGCAGAAUAUAGUCUACUUCCUAACAGGACAGGGUAUUGAUCCAGACAAUCCGGCCAAUAGCAAAUUUGACAUCAAUCGCACCACGGGCGAGAUUUUUGUCCUGAAGCCCUUGGAUAGAGAUCAGCCCAAUGGACGACCUCAGUGGCGAUUCACAGUUUUUGCUCAAGAUGAGGGGGGUGAGGGCCUCGUUGGCUACGCUGAUGUUCAGGUGAACCUGAAAGACAUCAAUGACAACGCUCCAAUCUUCCCACAAGGUGUCUAUUUCGGUAAUGUCACUGAAAAUGGAACAGCAGGUAUGGUGGUAAUGACAAUGACAGCGGUGGAUUAUGAUGAUCCGAAUGAGGGCACAAAUGCCAAGUUAGUGUACUCGAUAGAGAAGAAUGUGAUUGAGGAGGAGACGGGUUCGCCAAUCUUUGAAAUUGAACCCGAUACAGGUGUUAUUAAGACAGCUGUCUGCUGUUUGGAUCGCGAGAGAACACCGGAUUAUUCAAUACAGGUGGUCGCGAUGGAUGGAGGGGGGUUAAAGGGUACGGGGACGGCAUCUAUACGGGUCAAAGAUAUAAAUGACAUGCCGCCUCAAUUUACCAAAGAUGAGUGGUUUACGGAAGUGGACGAGACGGAUGGUUCGAACUUACCGGAGAUGCCCAUCCUAACGGUUACCGUACAUGAUGAGGAUGAAACCAAUAAGUUCCAGUACAAAGUCAUUGAUAACAGUGGCUAUGGAGCAGAUAAGUUCACAAUGGUGAGGAAUAAUGAUGGUACAGGAAGUCUCAAAAUCGUCCAACCUCUCGACUAUGAAGAUCAGUUGCAGAGCAAUGGGUUCCGCUUUAGGAUCCAAGUCAAUGAUAAAGGCGAAGACAAUGACAAUGAUAAAUAUCACGUAGCCUAUUCCUGGGUUGUGGUCAAACUACGUGAUAUCAAUGACAACAAACCCCAGUUUGAGCGUCCGAAUAUUGAGGCUGUUGUGUAUGAAAACGCGGAAGUAGGGACAACCCUUGAAACCUUUAAGGCUGUCGACCCUGAUCAAGGUGGUAAAGGAAAGAUCUCCUUCGCCAUUGAUCGUACAUCUGAUCGACAGAGGCAAUUCAGUAUCGAUCAGGCUGGUCAGGUGACGAUUCAGAGGAAACUUGACCGGGAAAAUAUCCCUCGGCAUCAAGUUAAGAUCCUGGCUAUCGAUGAUGGAGUUCCACCAAAGACCGCUACUGCAACCCUCACCGUCAUCGUUCAAGACAUCAACGAUAAUGCUCCGAAGUUCUUAAAGGACUACCGUCCGGUCUUACCGGAACAUGUUCCUCCUAGAAAAGUUGUAGAAAUCCUCGCAACUGACGAUGAUGAUCGAUCAAAGAGCAAUGGCCCACCGUUCCAGUUCCGACUUGAUCCAGGAGCAGAUGACAUCAUCAGGGCUUCGUUCAAAGUUGAACAGGAUCAAAAGGGUGCUAAUGGAGAUGGAAUGGCAAUUGUCUCAUCCCUAAGAUCUUUCGAUCGAGAACAGCAGAAAGAGUACCUUAUCCCCAUUGUCAUCAAGGAUCAUGGCAACCCUGCUAUGACGGGUACUAGUACUCUAACCGUAAUCAUAGGGGAUGUCAAUGACAACAAGAUGCAACCAGGUUCCAAGGAUAUCUUCGUUUACAACUACCAGGGUCAGGCUCCGGACACCCAAAUAGGAAGGGUCUAUGUCUACGACUUGGAUGACUGGGAUCUUCCAGAUAAGAAAUUCUACUGGGAAGUUGCUGAACAUCCGCGUUUCAAGCUGGAUGAGGACUCUGGCAUGAUUACAAUGCGUCAAGGAACUCGGGACGGCAAGUACCAUCUUCGAUUCAAGGUCUACGAUAGGAAACAUACGCAAAACGACGUACCGGCCAAUGUUACGGUUACAGUGAAAGAAAUCCCUCAUGAAGCUGUAAUAAAUUCAGGAUCGAUACGGAUAGCUGGGAUUACGGAUGAGGACUUUAUUAGAGUGUGGAACUACAGAACUCAGAGUUUGUCUAGGAGUAAGCUAGACCGUUUCCGGGACAAACUUUCGGAUUUGCUAAAUACGGAUCGGGAGAACGUUGACAUCUUCAGUGUUCAGCUUCGGCGGAAGCAUCCUCCUCUAACUGAUAUUCGUUUCUCAGCUCAUGGCUCGCCGUACUACAAACCUGUCAGGCUUAAUGGGAUUGUUCUGAUGCACCGUGAAGAUAUUGAACGGGACGUUGGAAUCAAUAUUACAAUGGUUGGCAUCGAUGAGUGUCUCUAUGAGAAUCAGAUGUGUGAAGGCUCGUGUACAAAUCACCUGGAUAUUAGUACUCUUCCAUACAUGGUGAAUGCCAAUAAGACUGCCUUAGUGGGUGUUAGGGUAGAUGUACAGGCUGAAUGUACGUGUGGUGAUAGGAAUUUCACCAAGUCGGAAUCGUGUCGAACAAGUCCCUGCUAUAACGGAGGACGUUGCAUGGAAUCGAGGUUUGGUCUCACAUGCACCUGUCCAACGGGAUAUACCGGACCACGAUGUCAGCAAACCACCAGAAGUUUCAGAGGUAACGGAUGGGCUUGGUAUCCUCCGCUUGCAAUGUGUGACAACUCCCAUCUAAGUUUGGAGUUUAUAACAAGAAAGUCCGACGGGUUGCUCAUCUACAACGGACCUAUAGUUCCUCCGGAACGAGAUGAGCUACUGAUAUCUGACUUUGUAGCUCUUGAAAUUGAAAGAGGCUUUCCGAGGCUGUUGAUUGACUUUGGAUCUGGUACGCUUGAGCUGAAAGUCAAGACGAAGAAGAGUUUGGAUGAUGGAGAGUGGCAUAGGAUUGAUCUUUUCUGGGAUACUGAAAAUGUGAGGAUGGUAGUUGACUACUGUAAGUCAGCUGAAGUGGCUGAGAUGGAAGAUGGAUCCCCACCGGAAUUUGAUGACUCUUCUUGUCAGGCUAGAGGAACAAUUCCUCCGUUCAAUGAAUACCUAAAUGUUAAUGCACCGCUUCAGGUUGGCGGUCUCUAUAGAGAACCUUUCGACGCUAGUCUCUACAACUGGCACUAUAUGCCUGUUGGGAAGGGAUUUGAUGGUUGCAUUAGGAAUCUCGUACACAAUAGCAAAUUAUAUGAUUUUGCCCAUCCGGGUCUGUCGAGGAACAGUCUGACCGGAUGUCCUCAGACGGAAGAGGUUUGCAGUCAAAGCGAACAGACGAGUCGAUGUUGGGAACAUGGGAACUGCGUGGGAAGCUUCAGUGAGGCUCGGUGCCAGUGUCGACCAGGAUGGACGGGACCGGCAUGCAAUGUCCCAACAAUCCCUACAACUUUCAAACAGCAGAGCUACGUUAAGUACGCUCUGAGUUUCGAACCAGACCGCUUCAGUACGCAGAUUCAGUUGCGUUUCCGAACACGAGAGCAACACGGGGAGUUGUUUAGGGUUAGUGAUCAGCACAAUAGGGAGUAUGGAAUUUUGGAGAUCAAAGAGGCUAGGCUACACUUCCGGUAUAACUUGAACUCCCUGCGAACGGAGGAGAAGGACCUCUGGCUCAAUUCGGUCACAGUUGAUGAUGGACAGUGGCAUGUUGUUAGGGUUAAUAGAUAUGGAUCUGCAGCAAUGCUUGAGCUUGACGGAGGAGAGGGUAGACGGUACAAUGAAACGUUUGAAUUUGAUGGACAUCAAUGGUUACUGGUGGACAAGCAGGAGGGUGUUUAUGCUGGUGGAAAGGCUGAGUACACCGGAGUCCGAACAUUCGAAGUGUAUGCCGACUAUCAGAAGAGUUGCCUCGAUGACAUCAGGCUCGAGGGUAAACAUCUUCCGCUACCACCAGCCAUGAAUGGUACUCAAUGGGGACAGGCAACUAUGGCAAGAAAUCUCGAACGAAAUUGUCCAUCGAAUAAGCCAUGUGCCAACGUUAUCUGCCCGGAUCCAUUUGAAUGUGUCGAUUUGUGGAAUGAAUACGAGUGCACUUGCGGCGAGGGGCGCAUAAUGUCACCAGAUGGAAAGGGUUGCAUUGAUCGCAAUGAGUGCAUCGACUUGCCCUGCCUCAAUGGUGCCACAUGCAUAAAUUUGGAGCCGAGGCUGCGGUAUCGCUGCAUAUGCCCCGAUGGCUUCUGGGGUGAAAAUUGCGAACUGAUCCAGGAGGGUCAGACACUGAAGCUGAGCAUGGGCGCUUUGGCAGCCAUCCUUGUGUGUCUACUAAUAAUUUUGAUUCUGGUCCUCGUGUUUGUGGUGUACAAUCGACGUCGGGAGGCUCACAUCAAGUAUCCAGGGCCCGAUGACGAUGUCCGGGAGAACAUCAUCAAUUACGAUGAUGAGGGUGGCGGUGAAGAUGAUAUGACAGCCUUCGACAUAACCCCCCUGCAGAUCCCAAUAGGUGGGACAAUGCCGGAGCUGACGCAGUGCAAGAUGCCAAUUAUGUAUCCGGUGAUGACAAUUGGGCCUGGACAGGAGCCAAAUGUGGGAUUGUUCAUUGAAGAGCACAAAAAACGGGCAGACAGUGAUCCCAAUGCACCACCCUUCGAUGACCUUAGGAAUUACGCCUAUGAGGGUGGCGGAAGUACAGCAGGAUCUCUCAGUUCACUGGCGUCUGGAACGGACGAUGAGUGUCACGAAUAUGACUAUUUGGGUGCUUGGGGGCCUAGAUUCGACAAAUUGGCCAACAUGUACGGCCCUGAGCAGGAAACGGAGCUCGAUGAAAUGUAAUUAGUUGUCCUCGAUUGUGGCCAAAUUGCAACAAAAUCUCCACGAUUAGCUCCCUCACACCAAAAAAAACAGAAAACCAACAACAACGUCAACACACAUGAAAAGCCAUUAAUUAGAGUUUCUGAGAGAUGUCGACUGAUUGAAUGAUGUUGUGUGAAUGAAAAAGCUCAUGUUAAGUUUCUUUCUUCAAAACUUUUUUUUUCGUACUCAACAUCCGACUGAGGAAAAUUAUUCAGCAUUUGUCACAAAGGCCGUAUAGUAAAUUUAAGUUGAGAAUUAAUUGUGCUCUCUUUUAAAGACUUUAUAGAAUAGAUUAACUGAAAAAAAAGGAAGAUAAAUGGGAAAAAUUAAAUAUCAAAGACACUGAAAUAUUUAUCAACGAUUUCACGUGCGCGAAAAUCUUAUUCAGUUGUUCUUUAAUUUUUUAAGAGAAUCUCUUCCGAAAUUUGAGAUAUUUCCCGGGAUCUCGAACAGAAUUUCUUGCCAUUUUUUUUGUAAAUCGAACACACUAGAGACACAAUAUAUACAACAUUAGUUUCUUUUUGUGUAUUUUUUACUCCACAGAUGUUUCCCAAGAGGAAAUUCCUUUGGGAAGACACAAGACAAUUACAAGUAUGUAUUUAUAAAAAGGACUUUAUUGAGUAACAUACCAGUACCUAUAUAGCCGUCAGAUCUUAAACACAUCACAGUGGUUCAUAUGCAAGAAGAAAAAAGGAAAAUUGCAAGAAAAUGGCCAGUAAGAUUGAGAAGUUAAAUACAAGAAAAAAAAGGCAGAAAGCAUUAGUAAUCACGUGAAAACGAAUAUAUAUUAUUUAGUAUUUUUCGAAUACGAUAAAAUGGUAAAUAAUUGUAAUAUCCAAAGACUGGUUUUUCAUUUAAACAAUUUUAGUAUAUAAAAGUAUAAAUAUUUAAUAAAGAAAUGACAUUAAAAUUCAUUAUAAAUUUAAACUAGUUAAAAUGAUACACAUGAAACACUCUCUCAAGUAAUUUUAAGGACAAGAACAUCCAUUUAACACGUUCUCUCAUUUUCUAGUUUGUAGUUCUCAAAAAACAAAACAUUAUAAGCGACUUUCAUGGUAGAUGCAUUUGUAGGAAAAUUUUACAAAAACAAACAAAAUAUAUUACCAUUCACACACAUGCAUUUAGAAUUAAAGAAAAACAAAACUAUUAUGACAAAAAAAAACGCGUUUUAAGUAAAUUUGUAGAACAUCUUUCAACGUUAAUUAUCCUUAAGAAGAGAUUCCUCUCUUGGCACUUUGGGGCGUGAAAGCUUCAAGUGAUACCGGGGUUAGGAAGACAAAUCGGAUGAAUUACCAAUCCAUCAAGAGUCACUAUCUUAGUUUAAAACACAACAUUCGAGCUUAAGACACCUUCAAUAUUUCAUAAAAAAAGCUCCACAAAUGGCAUUUACUAAAAUAAAAAGCCAUGGAGAAAGCUCUAUCUGCAUACUCCCCUAAAAAAAUUAUUUGAGGAUGGCAUAAAAAAAUUUCUUCUUUGAAAAACAAGGGGCAUUUAACUGACGAGAACGAUACAGAAUAUUUGCGAAUGUUUUUCCAAUAUUAGUUAUAUUCCGAAAAUUAUAAAUAUUUUACGAAUAUCGUGAAUAUUUGGGAAAUACGUCAAAUAUUUUGAGAAUAUUUCACGAAUUUGAGCGAAUAUUUGUGAUAUUGACAAUUAUUUUGAAAUAAUAUUUUGAUGAAUAUUUAUUAAAUUAAAAAAAUAAAAA